GACACAGAGGCGGAGAGAGCUCAGAGGAGCACAGAAAUCGAAAAAACCCAUUUCCCGACAAAAAGCCAAAAAAAAGAAAGAAACCCGAAAAAGAUCCAUGCCGCCCCCGCCCAACAACCUCAACCGUUCUCGUGCUUUGGCUGCUUUACUUUCUUCUCUGGUUUCCCAGCUCCUCUUGCUUCUUCUCCUCUUUUGCCCUUCCUCAACCCCUUUCUCUCUUCUCAAUUCCUUUUCCUCCACCCACCAAUUCUUUUUCCCUCUCCUCCACCAUUUUCUCUCCACCUCGGAAACUUCCGCCACUUUUUCCCUUUUGUCCUCUUUUUCCAGAAAACGCAAGCGGACCCAUUCUCCAAACUCCGAUGACCCGACCCAUGCCAACGCGGUGUCAGGAUCCGCACCCGACUCUGUCAUCCCGAAGAACCCAGAUUCCUACAAGCAAACUUUCAAGAUGAAUUGCUCAACUUUCGAGUGGCUGUGUGGCCUCCUCGAACCCCUUCUCGAAUGCCGGGACCCGGUUCAGUCCCCACUUAAUCUUCCCGUUGAGACCCGACUGGGAAUCGGACUUUUCCGACUCGCCACCGGAUCGAGUUACCAGGAAAUUUCCCGGCGGUUCCGCGUCUCGGAAUUGAUAGCCAAAUUCUGCGUCAAACACUUGUGCCGCGUUCUCUGCACCAAUUACCGAUUCUGGGUCGGGUUUCCAGCUGAGAACGAGCUUUAUUCCGUGUCAACUCAGUUUGAAAAGCUCGGUGGAUUGCGCAACUGCUGCGGAAUUAUUAAUUGCGCGAGGUUCAAGGUCAAAGGCUCUGAUUCAGUUUUAAAGUAUUCCCAUCUGGAAGACACAGUAGCUGCUCAAUUAGUGGUUGAUGCAUCAUCCAGAAUUCUGAGCAUUACAGCCGGUUUUCGCGGUAACAAGAGUAAUUUAGCCGUCCUAAAUUCAUCAAGCUUGUAUAAAGAUGCCGAAACAGGAGCUCUACUGCACACGCGGACGCUGUACAUAAAUAAUGUAGCUGUACCCCAGUAUUUGAUCGGGGGUGGUGGUUACCCUUUACUUCCUUGGUUGUUAGUCCCCUUUGCUGACCCUUUAGGAGGGUCUAGUGAAGAAAAUUUUAACAAUGUGGUAAAGAUCAUGUGUGUUCCGAUGCUUAAAACUAUAGCGAGUUUGAGGGGAUGGGGUGUUUUAAGCGGGCCAAUUGAUGCAGAGUUUAAGACAGCAGUAGCUAACAUUGGUGCUUGCUCUAUUCUUCACAAUAUGUUGCUUGCUAGGGAGGAUUAUUCAGCUUUUUGUGAUGAAGUUAGUGAAUUUAGGGUGGAUGAUCAGAGCUUUGAUUAUACUUUGGAUGAAAAUUUGAAUGAGAAGGGGUCUGCUAUAAGAACUGCACUCUCCACUAUAUCGAAGAGAGUUUAAUCUUAUUGGACUAUGUAGGAAGACUGAAAGAUUGAUCACAUUAAGGCAGCAACGAAGGGAGAUCAUAUAGAAAAGGGCUGUUAAUUGGACUGCGGUCAACAAUUUUGUGGGACGUAGCUAAGCACAGUUUUUUGUUCCUUCUUCCUUUCUUAUUAGAAAGUAGGGGGUACGCAUAGUCUGUAUAAAAUGAUCACAUUUUUUGUCGCUCAACUUGGUUUAAUUCAACAGAUACUUUUUUUUAAUGUAAAUAAAAUCUAAUUUUUUCUGAAUGUUAUUUUUCUAAAUAUUGUUUUCAUACCUAGGUCUCUUGCUGUUAAGGCUGUAAUGAUUUUUUUUUUUUUGUUUUUUCUUAUCAUCUCUGAAUGUGAGUAUCACCUAUUAGGUGUUAUUAAUUACCAAGUUCAAUUAGUUUACCUCCAUGACCUUGACUAUUAUGAGAAGCAUUGCGUAUUCUUAGUUGCUUUUGGUGCUAAUAAAAUCCCCUUUCUUACCCUUGGUAUGCAUGAACAAUGUUACCUUAGUAGGAGUAAUCUGGGUGAAUAUGUGGCUGACUUUACUACAGUUCAUAUUCAUUGCUAAUUGAGGUGUAUUAGAACACUGCUGUUCACUA